AUUUAGGGUUAUUCGCAUCACCGAUAUUUAGCUAUUAAAUUCAACGUUUUCACCUUUAGUAUAAGAAAUCCACAGCAGCGUAUCAUACGAAUUCAGAGUACAAUAAUAACUUAUAACUAUAACUGAUGUUUUAGGAUAAUCAAAUUAAUUUUAAUUUAGGUUUAGAUAGAUACUCGUAGAUCACCACGUUGAGGUAACUUUUGAUUACGGUUUUGUUGUUAUUGCAGUAUCAUCGUUGCGUCGUGCUGUCAUCGAUAUCCCCUUAUCACAUGGGUUAGUGUGAGUGACUCUAUCAGAGCCGGACUCAGUCGGCUGUACAGUGAGGCGUGGCGAUGCAGCAACAGUGUAAUUUUGACGUAUAAUCCUCAUUUGAACCUUAAUUUACAAAAACUAAUCGUUGAAAUUUCGAAUAUAGUUUUAAAUGUUGCAAAAUUUAAUGUUUUUAAAAACGUAUAAAAUUAUGGAUUGCGUUUUAGGGGUGGGGCAUAAUGAGCACCCUAGGUGGGGCAAGAUGGUCGAUUCCUGUUUUGUACACAACCAAAUGCUAACUGACUGUUCUUGUCAAUGAUAAAGCAUACCGGCAACAAUCAAUGAUAAUUGGAGGGGGAUUAUUGGGUUUAAUUUGUAGGAAACUGUGGAAUUGGAAAUUAAUGAUAAAACCUUACUAUAUGCAUCGUAACAGAGAAACCAAAAGUGAAAAUCGUUUGUUUAAAAUGUUAAAAAAUUUCAUCAUUUUUCCAUCAGUUGCUCAUUUUGCCCCACCCUACUAUUAACUUUUUAAAGUAUAUUUUUUAACAAAAUUCAGUGUUUGGACGAAAAAGUGAUCAGUGAACCACUCGGCAGUUUUUCUUCCCUUCUGUUGGUUCUGUUUCAAUUACCAAGCGGUGUAUGUUCUCUCGUCGAGUCGCAUGGUUCACGAAGGAACACAAAGAAGAUACUCCGAUAUAAACAAGCUGUGGCGAUGAGCGGGCAUCGCCAAGUGUAACACUUACCGAUGAUCUCUCAUCAUUGGCUUGGGACAACCGUGAAUAAUCGUUGUUUUUAUCAGUAUUUAAGGCGUUUUCGGUUUACAAACGUGAACUACUAUUUAAUUUAACUGUAUUCAUGACGUUGCAGGUUGUGUAGUCACAUUAAAAAAGUAUUAUGACUUUAAAAUAUUCUUACCGAAUGCAUCGCUUUCAUUAGCGUCAUCAAGCAUCUUCUCUCUUGAUUGCGCUCGCGUAUCGAACCGGACAAGAGAAUGAACAGCAUUUCGAGGAGCGUUCCCGAGCAUGUCGGUUCACGAAAUGUUACAUUCGCAAAUGUAUCACUUGCUGAGUAUGGACCAUUCAGUGGUUCGCGAUAAAAAUCCACACACUGAACAAAAUAAUUAUUCAAAUAUUUUGAAAGUAUUACAAAUACAUUUCAUUGACCCAGUAAAUAUCAAGAAAUUCGAUAGAUACCUAUUACGUUCGUAUUUCGAUGCCAAAACCUUAUUUUAGGUCACCUGACUCUUAUAAUAUUUCCCUAGUACAUGACCACUUCACGCAUUUUGACUAUUUUUUAAAAGCAAACGGCUUUUUGACAAAUGUUUCGUCAUCAAUUCGUUGGAUUUGAAGUAAUUAAACUACAAUCAAGCAAUUUGUUUUAAAAAUCUGGAAAUUUACCGUGAAAAUACAAGGUGUUCAUUAUGCCCUACCUGUUCAUUAUGCCCCGCCUACCCCUACAUGUCCAAAUUAUAUUUUCCCCAUUAGGUUUCUUGAGUUCAACAACUUAGGUAUCGUGUUUGUUGUGACCCACGAGUCAUACCAUCUCGACGCUAGCUCAGCAAAAGCGGGCAGAAAGUUUAAGGUCAAGCUUUGCGUAUGCACCGCAAAAUGCUUCAUCAGCACAACACUGGCGGCGGAAUGCCUGUCUCUGACAUUCACGUGAAAUCUUCGUCGCGAGAGACUGUUCAGUUCUAUUCUAGCAUCGCUUCAGGAUGGUUCACCGAAUUCGCGCCGUGAUCGUCAUCAUCAAAAUCGUUCUCAUCGUGAACGGUUUAAGUCCUGUGGAAGGUACUCGUAGUCUUCGGGUGAGACCACGCAAGGCAAAACAUGCCGAUCUGGAAACGAACGCCGUCGUUCAGUCCUCCGAGAGCGUCCCCUGUUCCUGUGCCAUCUUCCUGACGGGUCAGUUCAACAAGCAGAACCGAUCGGAACCACCUCGGGGAAAUCCCGGUAUCCAGAUGGAACUGAUGCAGCACUACCCUUGUAGCUCAUCGGGGAACAAACAGUGCUCGAACCGUUGCCUGGACGCCAUCCUCAAGCAUCUGCCCAACUCGCCGGCACUGAUCUGCGGAACCAUCGACCGGGACUGCUUCCGGGAGCGGGCCUAUCUGUUCUACCAGAACUGUGCACCGCGGUGGGUUAAUAGCAACCUCUCAGCCGGGAGGGAAUUUUGCUGCCAAAACGAUCGACCGGUGCGAUGUGCGAAAAUGGCGGCCGUCAUCCGGCAGUCGCUGCUCGGCGGAAAUGGAACCACCACGGCCGGAAGCCAUCAGGACGAAAUCGUUGAAGACGAAGAAGAUACCGGAUCGUACGAGGAAUGAGGAAAAGAUCACUGUGGACUCUGUGAUCAAAGUAGGCAACCUAAUCCAAGCAUGCUUGGGAAAGUUUAAGUUGAACAAUUUGUUGCCAUGGUAUCCAUGGUAACAAUGAACAAUGUGUUAAUAUCUAGUGUGAAUAAAAUGGACAAUUUUCUCUAAAAUACCAAUAAAUAGAACAUACCAUUGAAAGCGAAUUAUUUUUUUGGUCACUUCCGAAACCUGGCAGAGCCAGGUUCCUUCCGUUGGCUUUUAAUCCACUUUUUUCCGUAUUCAGCAGUUUGUUUGACGACACGUUAGAAAUUCACAAGCAACCAACCAUUUUUGUAGGCGCCCGGCGCUUAGAACUGAAUCAUCUGUCCCUUUCGCUUCUUGUCGCCUCCCAGUUCGAAGUGCUUGCAGCGCUUCAGCGGGGUCUGCUUGCGGUACUUGCAGUCGAC